UUUCUUCACCAUGCAAGGUCUCUCAUUCACAUCCACUGCUGCCACCUUCUUCUUGGUCCUCUGUCUGCAACUGGGGAUCAAUGAAGGCCAGGAUAAUGGAGCUGUUCCACAGCCACUUUUAUUUCAACUAAAUGUUCCAAGUACACCUGACGAAAAUCAGGAGGUUGAUAUGUCACUUACUCUUCAAACACAAUAUAAAGAAUGUCUGGUGGUCAAAGUUUACCUUGUAAGUAAUACACCGGUUGAUGGUGGCUUCAACUAUAUACAAACGCGCUGCAUCUGCAAUGAUCAUCCUACCACCUUAUACUGGAAUUUUGAAGUCACUCAAACUUUAACAUUUAGAAUAAUGGUUGACAUUGUUAAGGAUAAAGGUAUCUGCCCUGAUAACGUCGCAGUGGUGCCCAUCUCAGGAGACCGGUACUACACAGACCGUACUGUGUACGUGAAUUAACAAAGGCUUCUUAUGCUUCUUUCAAAACUAUUAUCAUUUUCUCUAAGUAAAAUUGGCUGGAAUACCCAUUGUAAUCUGUUAAAUAAACUUCUUAUAAGCG